AAACAGGGUCACACGAGGCUUCAGAAUCUAAAGAAUUUGGAAAGGCACCUCGGGAGUGGAAAUAAUCAUAAAGGGGUUGGAGAGUUCUGAUUGUUGCCGGGGGUCAUGUCCGAAGUGGGCUGGCCUUCUUGCUUGUCCCGUAAAGUAAUACCUACUUCUCCUUUAUCAUGAGAAUAACUUAAAACUCAAGAAAAAAGUAGCUGGAACACGGCUUCAUCCUGCCAGGCUGUCAAAUACGGUUUUAAGUUAACCAUACCACCUCCCAGAAAACUGAUUGGGAGGUAGCAAUUAAAAGUAUCAAUAAAAAGAACCUGUCAAAAUCACAGAUACUGCUUGGGAAGGAAAUUAAAAUCUUAAAGGAACUUCAGCAUGAAAAUAUUGUAGCACUCUAUGAUGUUCAGGAAUUACCCAACUCUGUCUUUCUGGUGAUGGAGUAUUGCAAUGGUGGAGACCUGGCAGAUUAUUUGCAAGCUAAAGGAACUCUCAGCGAAGACACCAUCAGAGUGUUCCUGCAUCAGAUCGCCUCUGCCAUGCGGGUCCUGCACAGCAAGGGCGUCAUCCACAGGGAUCUCAAACCGCAGAACAUCUUGCUGUCUUACGCCAGUCGCAGGAAGUCAAGUGUCAGUGGUAUUCGCAUCAAAAUAGCGGAUUUUGGUUUUGCUCGUUACCUACAUAGUAACAUGAUGGCUGCAACACUGUGUGGGUCUCCAAUGUACAUGGCCCCGGAGGUUAUUAUGUCUCAGCACUACGACGCCAAGGCUGACUUGUGGAGCAUCGGGACAGUGAUAUAUCAGUGCCUCGUGGGAAAACCACCUUUUCAGGCCAAUAGUCCUCAAGACCUAAGGAUGUUUUAUGAAAAAAACAGGAACUUAAUGCCUAGCAUUCCCAGAGAAACAUCACCUUAUUUGACUAAUCUCCUUUUGGGUUUGCUGCAGAGAAACCAGAAAGAUAGAAUGGAUUUUGAGGCGUUUUUUAGCCAUCCUUUUCUUGAGCAAGUUCCGGUAAAAAAAUCCUGCCCGGUCCCUGUGCCUGCGUGCGCCGGCUCUGUGUCUAGAAGCACCUGCGGCAGCUCUCCGCCUUGCCGUUUUGCCUCUCCACCAUCCCUUCCAGAUAUGCAGCAUAUUCAGGAAGAAAACUUAUCCUCCCCACCAUUGGGUCCUCCCAACUACCUACAAGUGUCCAAAGAUUCUGCCAGUACUAGUAGCAAGAACUCUUCUUGUGACACGGAUGACUUUGUUUUGGUUCCACACAUCUCGUCAGACCACUCAUAUGAUACGCCAGUGGGAGCUGCUGGCAGACAUGCGUCCAGUGAGUUCUUGGUGUGUGGAGGGCCGUGUCAGCCCACUGUGUCUCCUCACAGUGAAGCGAUGCCCAUUCCAGUCCCGACUCAGAUAAGGAACUACCAGCGCCUGGAGCAGCACCUCAUGGGCGCGGCGGGCUCCGGCACGCACCCCCAGGGCUCCCCGAGAUCUGCGGCGGUGCGAAGGUCCAACACCAGCCCCCUGGGCUUCCCCCGGCUGGGAUCCUGCUCCCCAGCACCAGCAGACACGGCGCAGACCGUCGGACGGAGACUCUCCACUGGGUCUUCCAGGCCUUAUUCACCUUCCCCUUUGGGUUCUCCAGGGCCGCAGACUCCCUCACCACAAUCUCUCUUGUUGGGUGCUAGGCUGCAGAGCGCCCCCACCCUCACCGACAUCUACCAGAACAAGCAGAAGCUCAGAAAGCAGCACUCUGACCCCCUGUGCCCGUCCCACGCCGGGGCCACAUGCAGCCCCUCACCUCAGCCCAGUCGGCCCGGCAGCCUCGGGACCUAUCCCACCAAGCACAUGGGGUCCUCUCCACGGAGUUCUGACUGGUUCUUUAAAACUCCUUUACCAACAAUCAUUGGCUCUCCUACUAAGACCACAGCUCCUUUCAAAAUCCCUAAAACACAAGCGUCUUCCAACCUGCUAGCCUUGGUCACUCGUCCAGGGCCUUCUGAGGGGCAGUCUAAGGAUGGGAGUGACCCACGGGGGUGUUCUCGCUGUCUCUCAGCACAAGGAGGUGAGAGGCAGAAGCUGGAGCAGCAGAUCAAGGCGCCGUUUGGCAGAUCUGUCAGUACUGGGAAGUUAUCAGAUCAGCAAGUGAAGGCACCUUUAGGUGGACACCAGGGCAGCACAGACAGUUUAAAUGCAGAGCGGCCGAUGGAUAUCGCCCCCGCAGGAGCCUGUGGUGUUGCCCUGGCACCUCCUGUGGGAACGGCGGCAGGUUCCAGGGCUGUCCUAUUCACCGUGGGGUCCCCUCCACACAGUGCUGCAGCCCCCACUUGUGCCCACACAGUCCUCCGAGCAAGACCCUCAGCCGGCUCUGGAGGCUCCCUGUGCGGCCGUGUGUGCACAGGCUCCCCACCCGGGCCCUGCUCGGGGGCCUCCCCUCCGGGAGCAGAGGCGGCUCCUGGCCUGAGACACAUGCCUUAUGGUGCUUCACCCCCCAGUCUGGAGGGGCUCAUCACCUUUGAAGCCCCUGAACUGCCUGAGGAGACACUGAUGGAGCGAGAACACACAGACACCUUACGCCACCUGAACAUGAUGCUCAUGUUCACGGAGUGUGUGCUGGACCUGACCGCCGUGCGUGGGGGGAGCCCAGAGCUCUGCACGUCCGCCGUUUCCUUGUACCAGAUCCAGGAGAGUGUGGUGGUGGACCAGAUCAGCCAGCUGAGCAAGGACUGGGGGCGGGUGGAGCAGCUGGUGUUGUACAUGAAGGCCGCACAGCUGCUGGCAGCCUCUCUCCACCUCGCCAAAGAGCAGAUCAAGUCCGGGAAGCUGAGCCCGUCCGCGGGUGUGAAACAAGUUGUCAAAAAUCUGAAUGAACGAUAUAAAUUUUGCAUCACCAUGUGCAAGAAACUUACAGAAAAGCUGAAUCGCUUCUUCUCUGACAAGCAGAGGUUUAUUGAUGAGAUCAACAGCGUGACCGCGGAGACACUCAUCUAUCACUGCGCCGUGGAGACGGUUCAAGCUGCGGCCCUGGAUGAGAUGUUUCAGCAGACUGAAGAUGUUGUGUACCGCUACCACAAGGCGGCCCUUCUUCUGGAAGGCCUGACCAAGAUCCUCCAGGACCCUGCAGACAUUGAGAACGUGCAUAAAUAUAAAUCCAGUAUUGAGAGAAGAUUGUCGGCACUCUGCUACAGCACCUCGACCAUAUGACCAGCAGCAGGCCUGCCCCCUGGACCAGUGGUGGGGUGUGCAGUGGUGCGUGGGGGGCACAGCUCGGGUCCCGUUGCCCCGACCCCAGGAAGCUGUAGGUGACUACCAAAGAGCAAGCAGUGAUUUCAAAAAGGAAAAGCAGUCCUCAAACUACUUACUUGUAGGAAGUCUGCCUUAGCGGAGCAGUCACCCCUCCCCUUUUUCUUUGUAGAAGCAGAAGCAAGAGUAUCCACUUGGCUCGCAGCCUGAACUUGGUAAAUAAACGUACCUUACUUAGCACUAGUUGUCAGCACAGCUGUUCUUAAGGAUGAUUGAGAGGGAGCCAGAGAGUGGCCCUUCACACGCUCACCAGAGCAGAGUGUGAAGUUCCGCGUGCUCACUAGGGCACAGAAGUAAGAACUGCAUCGCGUCCAGGCAGUUUGAUGCUCGGGGUGAGUCUCUGAAUCUGAGCACGUGUCCAUAAAUGGCUUGGGAAGAAAUAGCCUAAGAAAUGGAAGAUGGUUCUUGGAAGAAAUUGUGAAAUCCUCAAUUUGAUCUAAUAUGGACUCAUAUUAAUAAUCUUCCAAAUCUUUCAUAUUGCACUAAUUUAUUAAAACAACUAUGUAUUGGAUUUUGCAGUUUAAAACUAACUGAGGCACAAUGGACUUGUUUGAAAUAUUUUACUUGAUUAUACAUACGUACCCUUUCCAGAAUUUUCAUGUAAUCUCUUUUGGACUUUCAAGUGGUAAAAACAUGUUCAUGUGAACCUUUGCAUUUUUUUAACCUAUUCAUCUACACCUACAGGUUUUCUCAGUGGUAUUUUGAGUUGCUGGCUUUUGCUUUUGUUUGCGUUUUUACUGUGCAUGCAGAACGAGCAGAUGCCCGUGACGUCCAGCUCGUUAAAGGAGAGGUGUGUUUGGGCAGAAUUAGAACAAGUAUCAAUCAAGAGACGCUUAAGAAUUUUAGUAGGCCAAAACAGAAUCGGUGAUCUAAAGGCUUGUUAGUGAUGUGGAGUUUUACAUGAAGUUGGUGGAAAAUGAGGUUUGUUUUCUCUUAGGAAAACGGGCCGCUCUCUCCAGCCUAAUGUGUGUUUUCAUGUUAAUCCCGGCAGUUCACUGAAGAGCUGGUCGUGAGAACACGGGCAGCGAGCGUCCCUCCAGGAAUGGCUCCUCCUUUGUGUGUUACUUGGUUUCUCUUACUUACCUGCUUGAAUACUUGAAUAAGCCAUUCUCUAGUUUAACCCUCCUAGAUAGUAUAACCUGGUCUCUGGCCAGCCACACAGAGGCGCUGGCAUUCAUCUAAUUUAGUGUACUGGUGAAAACAAGAACAUGGCUUUCCUUUACUUUGACAAAGUAAUGUAAUUUUUACCUUAUUUAUCUGUAUGAAAUCUCAGCAGUUAAUCUGAACAUUUAUUUAUAUGAUGUUUGUAUGUUUAGGUCUUUAAUACAGUGUUUCUACCUCUUAUUUGUAACCGCAUGCAUUACUCCUGAAACUAGGUAAAACUCACUGAAUUGUUGUGUAAGAGCCUUUUUGUUAUUGCCUGUACAGAUGUAUAUUAAGGUAAAUAAAACUGACCACGUGUUUCUAGGGUGAAGCUGGGUCCGUGUGGCUUGUCGGGCCAGGUCCGUCCUCAGUGCGCUGGGCGGCUUGAGUGCGAGUCUCCAUUGCCCGGCUGCAGGAUUCAGGUCCUCUGUGACUGCCGUGCCGGCUGCGUGGACAUGGACUGCGUGGUGAGGACCCCCACCCUCCCUGUGGGCCGAUGGGCACUGCUACUCGUGAUACCGUGUUUAGUGUGGUUUUUCUCGAGUGUAAUCGGCAAGUUCACGUGUGCUCGCUCAGUUACCACCCGUGGUAUGCCUGUCAGUCCUGCUGGGAAUGGGGUACUUCCCAGCCCCUUCUCCCCUCUCCUGCCUGUCGUUUAAACACAGGAGAAGCAGGUUCAGAGCGAGGAAAUGCUUGGUCUGAAGUCAGAACCUGGGGAAGUAGUCAGGCCUGCCCUCCAAUCUCCAAGGGAAUCCCUCCUCUUGUUCAGGGUGGUCUGUGUGAAACUGUCAAGUCUGAACAGCAGAGAACAACAGACUGCAAAUCAUGAGUAAUGGAAUAAUGGUUCUGAUUAUACUUCCAUUAUCAAGGCCAGUUGUUUUGAGAGAUUUUGCCUUGAUUAUAGCAAUAAUAAACAAAUGCUUUCUGUU